AAACAAAUUAAUUCUAAUGAGUGAAUACUUCAUGCAAUUUUAAAAAAUGUAAAAAAGAAUUUAACUAAGAGAAAAGGCAUCUGAUGAUGCUUGGUAAGUACUCUAAGGAGAAGAAAGAUAAAAUUUGUUAAAUGGCAUUAAUUUUUAUAAUUACAGAUUCUUUGCUCUUAGAACAUUCCCAGUUGCUAUAAUAGGAAUUUUAUUAAUGACACCAGUACUAUAAAAUAAGAGUAGAUUCUUUAUUAAAGAAUUAUCUUUGAUUUUUGGAUUCAGUUCAGGCAUCAUUUAUGGAGAUUAUUAAAAUAGUGAAUAUUUUUGGAAUAAUUAUGGUAAAAUUGUUAUGGAAAAUACUAAUUAUAAUGAUUCUGGAUUAACAUAAGAUUAAAUGGAAAAAAUGAAGAAACUUUAUGAAAAAAGCAAAACCUACAAACCUGAAAAUAAGACUGAUAAAAUGUACGAAUGA